GCGGCAUUGCUGUGCAUCGUCAUGGUGCUCUUCCUCCUUGUGGUUAUCCCAGUUCUGGUCCACAGUGCGAGAGUUGCCGCUCACUAUGAGAUGCUGGGAACAUGCAGGAUGAUCUGCGACCCUUACAACCCCAAAGCCAGCAGCCCGGCUGUGGAGGUUAUGCGGGAUUUUAGUGCCAUCGCUCCACCACCCUUCAUCCAAGGACCGAAAGGAGAACCUGGGCGAAUAGGAAAGCCCGGACCAAGGGGUCCUCCAGGAGAGGCCGGUCCCCCGGGUCCAAGGGGGCCACCGGGGGAAAGGGGUGACCUAGUGAAGGCUGGUUUUCCGGGGCUGACUGCUUCAGGAGGGCCGGUCACAGGAGCACUGAGCAGUACCGCGUUCAGUAGCCCUAAGAUCGCGUUUUAUGUCGGGUUAAAAAGCCCCCAUGAAGGAUAUGAAGUGCUUAAGUUUGAUGAUGUGGUCACAAAUUUAGGAAACUACUAUGACUCCACCACUGGAAAGUUUACAUGUGCUGUGCCCGGGAUCUACUUCUUCACGUAUCACGUCCUCAUGAGAGGAGGGGAUGGGACCAGCAUGUGGGCUGACCUGUGCAAAAACGGCCAGGUUCGUGCCAGUGCGAUAGCCCAGGACGCCGACCAGAAUUAUGAUUACGCCAGCAACAGUGUGGUUCUUCACCUGGACUCUGGAGAUGAAAUUUAUAUUAAACUAGACGGCGGAAAAGCACACGGCGGCAACAAUAACAAAUACAGCACUUUCUCCGGUUUCAUUCUAUAUCCCGAUUAA